UUUCACUUUCACGCAGAAAAAAAACCCCAAAAAAAAUACAUUUCUAAUAGAUUUUCAUUAAAUAUUUGACACUUAAAUUGUUUAUUAGCUUCAAAUUUGUCGAUUUUUUUAGCCAAUCAAGUGGUCAGUGGCCACUAAUUAGGUCCGAUUAGAGGUCCGAAAACGGCAGUAAUUGUAAUUAAAACGACGCCAUAUUUGAUGUUCGAUAGAAUCGAUAGAAUCGAUCGAUCGAUUGUUUGUUUGUGUUUCGAUUGUCAACAGAAAUAACAUAACAUUUAGUUGUUGUAAACAAAACGAUAGUCACGUGACUACACAUGUAAUGUCAAAACGUUUUUGAUUUGUGUAUGUCUUCACCGAUAGCUUUGCUGAAGAUUUUUUUUUUGCUAAAGAAAUAUUAGUGGACAACACCAACAACAACAAUGUCUUCGGGAGGCAUAACAUGUGUGGCGGCCUCUCCCCGAAUCAGUGAUCACCCGCUGGAUUCUAGUGGCGGCGGCAUCGGCGGCGGUGGUGGUGGCUAUAAGUCGCCGAAGAUUUUAUCGGAUAACCAAAAACGUUUCAAAGACAACAACCACUGCGGUGAUGGCCAACAACAACAACAACAGCAUCGGAUGGCCCGAGGUUUGCGCGAGUGGUCGCUGAACAAUACGAAACGGUGUCACACAAUAUCGUUCAAAACAAGCGAACAGUCGCGCAAACGGAGUGGUAGUGAUAAUAAUAAUUACCGAAAACGUCGAUAUUCUUCGGGUGCCGCCAACAAUUCUGACCAACGGUUUUUGGCCGCUAAACGCCGAAAAGAUCGUAUAAUUUUGCCGACAAGAUUUCUAUUAGGCGGCAAUAUAUCGGAUCCACUAAACUUGUCGAGUUUGGCCGACGGCGCCAAUCAGCUGACACCGCAAUCGUCGCCGAUGCCGACACCCCGACAUAAGACCACACAAGUCGAGGUACUAAUACCGGCCAAUAUUAACGAUCCGCUAAACCUGAUUACGAACGACGAAAUUAGUCUCAUAUCGCCAAAGAUUAAGUGCAAAUCGCGUAAACAUAAGAAUAAACGAAAGCGAACUGAAUCCGAGUCGACGACAACAACCGGCAGCAGCGGUGGCGGCGAAACAACAACAACAGCAGCAGUGGUUGUCGUCGAACCUACAGUUAAAUCCAUCGACGGUAUUGAACAGUCAUUGUCGUUGACGAGUGAUUUACUGGAUCAGCAAAAGACUAACAAAUUAGACAUCAAUACGACAUCAAAAUCGCCAAAAGUUUUGAAACUAGCGGCCGAUAGUUUGAUGACCACUACAACAACAACAACAACAAAAUCCAUUAGUGAUAAAAUAGUGUCGCCAGUGAUUCCCCAAGGGAUCAGCUGUUCAAAGCAUAGACGAAUUCAUAAUAAUAAUGUUGCUGUUGGUGGUAGUGGUGUCGACAUUACCGCUACUAUAAAACCAUCGACCAGUUCUGAACAGACAAUAAAUGAGACGACAAAAGACAAUACAACAACUAAUAAUAAUAAUAAUAAUAAUCAAAGAGUGAAAUACAAGAAGUUUAAUAAAAAUCAACAGAAAAAGUUUGAUUCACCGAAAAAAUUUCGAUCAAAAGACUUAGCAUUUCGUUACGGAAAUUACAAUCAAUACUAUGGUUAUCGUAACGCUGUUCACAACGAUCUGCGUCUGAAUUGUCUGAAAAAAGAUUGGUUUCAUAACAAAGAUGUUCUGGACAUUGGCUGCAAUGUCGGUCACAUAACACUAAUGAUAGCUAAAAAUUUUGAACCAAAAUCUAUUGUCGGUCUCGAUAUCGACAGUCAACUCAUCCGAAUAGCCAACAAAAACAUUCGCCAUUAUAUAACAUCAAGUGUUGUUCAGUCGGACGACUUUCCCAUAUCGUUACCCUUAAUUCACGGACCGUUAGCCAUGAGUUCCGCCGGUAAUAAUAAUAAUGACGUGUCGUUUCCGAAAAACGUACGGUUUAUUAGCGGUAACUAUAUAUCGGAAACAGAUAACUGGUCGUCACCGCAACAUCAGAGACAACAACAGUUUGAUACCAUACUAUGUCUAUCGCUAACCAAAUGGAUUCAUUUGAAUUGGGGAGACCAGGGUGUCCGACAAUUGUUUAAACGUAUUUUUGGUCAGCUCAGGCCUAACGGUCGACUGAUUUUGGAGGCCCAACCGUUUUGUUCGUACAAAAAGAAGAAGAAAAUUAAUGAAACAACAUUAGAAAAUUUCAAUGCAAUCCAAUUCAAACCGGAACAGUUCAAUGAAUAUCUACUAUCAAGAGAAGUAGGUUUUAGUCAAUCGGAACUGAUAGGCACUCCAGAGAAUGCAUCUAAAGGCUUUCGGCGAUCGAUUUAUGUGUUCACCAAAUCGGGUGUUGUUUCAUCUUCUUCUACUACUACUUCUUCCUCCACUUCUCAAUCAUUAUCAUCAGCUGUUGAUAACCCAACAAAUAAAUAA